UGAGUGGUGGAAGAAAGGAAGCUGCGUGGAGUCCCAAAAAUUAAAAUUGCAGAAAAACAGGUCUUAUAAUAAUCAGCUUAAUAGCUCAGGUCUCUUUUUCUCAUUCUGAAGAUUAAACAUCUUCAAGGAACCUAAUCUUUGUCUCUGGUUUUACCUUCGACAAACAAGCACACAUAUUGUUUGUUAAAAAAUCAUCUAUCCCCCAAGAAAAAUGUCUACAGGAUGUCUAAGUUGUUUCAAAGUCAUGUGUUUCAAGAAGAAGCAGAGCAAGAAAGAAGCUAAACCCGUAAAAACAGAGAUAUUGCCAGAGCCAGUUGGAGAAAAAGAAGAUGUAGAAAGAAAAGAAGGUAUACAAGCCAAACCUCUGAGAACAGAGGGAUUGCCAGAGCCGGUAGAAAAGAAAAAGAAAGAUGUAAAAUACAGCGCGUGCAAGAAGAUGCCCGAGAAAUGCAUGUUCAAACCCAAACCAGAAUGGAUCUCGCAUGUAGGCAGCAACGAUGUUGGACCAAAAGUCGGCGAUUUUUAUGGAGAUCACUACGCAGAAACAGAUGACUCUUCUUCGUCAAUGACUAAUGAAUUCAACAAAGUGAAGACCUUUGAUAUACGAGGAGUCAAACUAGCCACAUCCUAGGAAUAAGAGAAGAGGUUCAGAGAUGCAUUGUUCAUCACAUGUAAUCUUAGAGUGGAUAUUUAUGCAUGAAAUUGUACGGCUAUCUUAAUAAUGUUAUCUUGUCUUGAGCCACUGAUUUCUGCUUUUAUGUAUCUGGUUACAUGUUUAUCAAUGCAAGCAUAUU